ACUCAGAAUCAAUAUAUUCGUUUGGUUUUAGGGUUUCCUUGUUUUAGAUGAACCAUUUGUAGUUGCUUUUGUCCCUCCGCCGCCUCCGACGACAAUGGUUGCCGCCAAGAAGACAAAGAAGACCCAUGAGAGCAUUAACAACAGAUUGGCUCUCGUUAUGAAGAGUGGGAAAUACACUUUGGGUUACAAAACUGUUCUUAAAUCUCUCAGAAACUCCAAAGGUAAGUUGAUUAUCAUUGCCAACAACUGCCCUCCUCUUAGGAAGUCGGAGAUUGAAUAUUAUGCCAUGUUGUGCAAGGUUGGAGUUCACCACUACAAUGGAAACAAUGUAGACUUGGGCACUGCAUGUGGCAAAUAUUUCCGAGUGUGCUGCCUCGGCAUCAUCAACCCGGGUGAUUCUGAUAUAAUUAAUAGCGUGCCCGGAGAUCAUUAAGCUACUGAGUGAGAA